AUGACUGGAACCGUCCUGAUCACGGGAGGAACGGGCUACAUCGGCUCCUUCACCAGCCUGGAGCUUCUCGUCGCGGGCUACAACGUCAUUAUCGUCGACAACCUCUACAACUCGUCUGAGGAGGUCCUGAACCGCAUCCAGCUCAUCUGUGGCCGCAAGCCCGUCUUCUACAAUGUCGAUGUCACGGACCAGCAGGCGCUGGAUGCCGUGUUCAAGAAACAUCCCGAGAUCGACUCGGUGAUCCAUUUUGCAGCACUGAAGGCAGUCGGUGAAUCCGCUCAGAAGCCAGUAGAGUACUAUCGCGUAAACGUCGGCGGUGCUGUGGCCCUCCUCGGCGCCAUGCAGGCCAACGGCGUCAAAACCAUUGUCUUCUCCUCGUCGGCCACUGUCUAUGGCGACGCCACACUGCACGAGGGCAUGAUCCCGAUUCCUGAGCACUGCCCUAUCGGCCCCACAAACCCGUACGGGCGCACCAAGAUGAUGACCGAGAUGAUAAUUGAGGACCACGUUGAUUCGCAUCCUGGAUGGAAUGCUGCGCUUUUGAGAUAUUUUAACCCUGCUGGCGCGCAUCCAUCUGGUAUCAUGGGAGAGGACCCAUUGGGCGACCCGUACAAUCUUCUUCCGCUGUUGGGACAGGUUGCGGUCGGGCGCCGUGAGAAGCUUAUGGUCUACGGAACUGACUACGCCUCUCAUGAUGGUACUGCCAUCCGCGACUAUAUCCACGUCAUCGACCUGGCCAAGGGCCACAUUGCGGCAUUGGCAAAGUUGAAGAAUGAUAACCCUGGCUGCCGCGCAUGGAACUUGGGCACUGGAAAGGGCUCAACGGUCUUUGACAUGAUCAAAGCGUUCUCAGCAGCUGUUGGGCGGGACCUCAAGUAUGAGACGGCGGAGAGGAGAAAGGGCGAUGUGCUGGAUCUGACAGCGGUGCCGAAGAGGGCGAAUGAGGAGCUCGGGUGGAAGGCAGAGAUGACGCUGGAGGAGGCGUGUGUGGACCUGUGGCGCUGGGUGUCAAAUAACCCACAGGGAUACCGCCAGCCACCGCCGCAGGAUAUGCUGGACGCAUUGAAGAAGCAGAAUUAA